AUGUGGGACGGGGAAACGGAUAUGCUAACGUUCAAGAUACGAAAGCAGCCCAGCCAUGACGUUCUCACCAAAAGGACUUUUCUUAGUAUUAUAUCAAGUGUCUACGUGGGAUUCGUCGCUCCUGUGGUUUUCUUAAUGAAGUCUCUUCUUCAAGACAUAUGGGCGCACGAGAAAAGAAUCGGCUGGGAUGACCCUAUCCCCGAGGAAUCAGGCCAAUGUUUCCACUACUUCUACGAGCAUCUGGAUAACCUGGAGUUGCUUACGGUGCUAAGAUGUUUUCGACAUCAACGUGGACGUUGGACGCAGCAGCACCUUCAUUUCCACUUCGUCUUCGAGGACCAGUCGACCACCGUGUCCUUCGUCAUGGCUAAAACCCACGUAACACCAGUAAAAGGCCUCACAAUCCCAAGAUUGGAGUUGCAGGCUGCUGUAGAAGGCUUAAACAUCGCUCUAGUAAUCUGUCGGGAGCUCGAAAUCGACCUAGGUGAAGUUACCUUCCACACCGACUCUCAAACUGAUCCUCAGAAACACGAAUCGAAGACAAUGGCGUCACGUUUCUGGAGUCAACAAUCCCGCGAACCUGUGUAG